UCGUUUCGCGUCAAAACUUGAUACUCGUGAGGAGUUCUCUUCUUCUUUUGAAUUCCUUGAGGUCGGCGAUUUCUUCAACCCUAGGCGCCGAACGCCGGAGAGAUCAUAGUUGGCUGCCGUCUCGAGCUAUAGGCACGAAGAGGGUAGGAGGCGGCUCGAGUCUUUCUGUCGGUGGAGUGGGAGAUCGAUUCACUCUUUCUGAUCCAUCUACAGAAAGUCGAAAUGGAAGUGUUGUUGAUAACAGAUGAUGCCAUUCUGCCAAUCAAUUCAAUUUUGUCGAAAAUUUGUGAUAUAGAGCAUAAAGAAAUCACAGAAGUAAAUGUAUCGGUCAUUACUCAAGUUUCUUCCCUCAAUGGAAGAUUGCCAGUUGAAUCUUCAUCCAUCGACAUUGUUGUUUUGUUGGAAAGGGAGGUUGAGGUCCAAGUAGGUCAAUUGCUAGCUGAGAUUGUUAAGGGAUUGAAAGAUGGUGGAAAGGUCCUUGUGCAGAAACUUUUGCAACCAACUGGAACAACUGAAGAGGCACGUGCCACACUAGAACGUAGACUGGUCAUGUCUGGCUUUAUUGAAGCAGAAGUUGUUGCACUGGGACAGCUACUGCCAAGAGAAGAUGCUCAAUGUUUGACGGUGAGAGCCAAAAAGCCCUCCUGGAAGGUUGGUUCAUCAUUUUCAAUUAAGGCGGCACCAAAGAGCUUUCCAAAGAUUCAAAUAGAAGACGAUCUCAUCGACGAGGAUAGCCUGUUAACUGACGAAGACUUGACGAGACCUGAACUACCAAUUGGAGAUUGUGAAGUUGGAAGCACUCGGAAAGCAUGCAAGAAUUGCACGUGCGGCCGAGCUGAAGCAGAGGAAAAGGGUGAGAAGCUGGUGCUGACUGCAGAGCAAUUGAACAAUCCUCAAUCUUCCUGUGGGAACUGUGGUCUCGGAGAUGCAUUCCGAUGCAGCGGGUGUCCUUACAGAGGUUUGCCUCCAUUCAAGAUGGGGGAGAAGAUCACAAUCCCUGGUAACUUUCUAGCGGCUGAUAUCUAGCCGACUCCCCAAGUGAAAGAGGACUACCAGCAUCAGCUAAUAAUAUACCUCUUCUUCUUUUCAACUCAUCUAGAAAGUUGUAUUUGUCGGGGCGUGAGUUGCUCCUUUUUUUUUUUUGUUAUAAAAAGUUGGUGGAGAGAUGAGAGUAGGUUUUUAGCAGUCAGGAAAGCCGCUUGCCGUUGUUGACCAGCAGUCAUACUUCUCUGGAAAUUUACGUUUGAUGAUUUGAUUAGACACGUUGUAUCUGUGAAUGAAACUCUUUUUCCUUUCUA